UCUUUAUUUUAUUUUCUUGUAGUGGGAGUGAAUGCGUGAGUGGAAAACUACAUAAAUUUACAAGCUAUAUUAUUAAACAAUAUAUUUGUAGAUACAUUCAUUCAUGUCGACCUUUACAGCCGAAAAAAAGCACCAUACAAUGGAAUCCCAAUACAACAACAACUCCAACACAAUAUCAUCACCUAAGAAUAACGAAACCCAGCUUGACCCAACCAUGUUGUCCACAUGGUCACAUCGCGCAUGGCUCGCAUCCGGCUCCACCGCUGUGCUUCUAUCUCUCGCUAAGCUAGCAAUUGGUGUGACCAACUCUAAAGACCAUAAUUUUUGGCUGGUGGCCCUUAGUAGUACGGUUGCUUGUGUUGUUGGAUUUGUGGUAGUUGACCUUGCAUCUGGAGUGUACCACUGGGCAGCUGACAACUAUGGCUGUGCCUCUACUCCAAUCUUUGGCUACCAAGCAGAGGCUUUUCAACUCCACCAUGAGUUCCCAAUGAGGAUUACUAGGCAUGAGUUUGUUAAUAGGACACAUCCCUUUGCUUGCGUUGUCACUUUUCUUGUGCUCCCUAUACACCUAUUUUGGGACCAUCCCAUCAUUCAUGGAUUUGUUGGUGUCUUCUUUGGCUGCGUUAUUUUUACCCAACAAUUUCACGUUUGGGCCCAUGGUGCGAAGAAUCAGCUUCCGCCACUUGUGGUUGCGCUGCAAGAUCUUCACAUCUUGGUAGGGCGUUCGCAACACGAAGCCCACCAUAGGCCGCCUUAUAACUGCAAUUAUUGCGUAAUAAGUGGCUUUUGGAAUGCUUUCUUGGAUAAGAAUAAAAUUUUUAAAGCAUUGGAAAAACUCUUAUUUCUCAAAUUUGGUGUCAAACCCAACUCUUGGUCCUAAAACUGAUCUAUACUGCUAUAAUUGUUAUUAGUCACUAUCACAGAGUUAUAAGGAGUAAGUAACAGUUUCUUAUAGUAUUAAAUAAAAAUAUAGUUAUUAUAUAUGCGAUAGCAAUCUCUAAAAUAAUACUCAUAUGAUUGUAGGUACGCAUGAUACAAUAUGGGACUUCAAAGUUAAAUAAAAUAUACAAUAUAAUUUAUAGCACUUUUUCUUUUAAUUUUAAUAUAAUUUUUAUAAAGUAAUAAGUUCUAAUAGUUGUAUCA